CUGCAUGUACGUACGCCCCCCUGGCAGGAAACGGGAGAAUUACAAGUGUCACAAUUCUACCACGAAUCCCUUGAGUGAUCGCUAUAGACAGGUGACGCUAUUGACUGUACUUGUUUAACUCCUAACCGCCAGGAUUUAGGAACAGAGCGGCUAGUUACCAAGAAAGUAUACUUCGACAUCGACAUCGGCGGCGAGAAUGCAGGCCGUGUCAUCAUAGGGCUGUUCGGCGACAUCACACCAAAGACGGUGGCGAACUUUGAACAGCUGACUACUCACGAGAAGGGUUUUGGUUACAGGGGUACUCCCUUCCAUAGGGUCAUCAAAGAGUUCAUGAUCCAAGGUGGUGACAUCACCAAUGGCGAUGGCACAGGUGGUAGGUCCAUAUAUGGUAAACACUUCCAAGAUGAGAACUUCAUUCUGUCCCUCACAGAACCUGGACUAGUCGCUAUGGCUAAUGCAGGUAAGGACACCAACGAUUCGCAGUUCUUCAUCACCACCGUCCCCACGCCAUGGCUGAGCGGUAAACAUGUCGUGUUCGGGAAGGUGCUUGAGGGGAUGGACGUGGUGACCAUGAUCGAGAACUGCCCAAAGGACGGGAACGAUCAUCCCAUGAAAACGUGCGUGAUCGCGGACUGCGGGGCACUAGAGCUGGACGAACCUUUCUCUGUGUGAACUGUGACUGUGUUGUAUGUUGAUUCGAAUAAAUACGUGGAACAUGUG